UUCACUCCGAAGUUCAACAUCAAGACUCCAGAUUGGGAAUCAUUUUGCUCACACGAUCUUCUCUAAGUAUUUGUUCAACAUAAAUCUAAUUAGAGGGAAUGUAUUCAUGCUCUUCACAUCCAAAAAGCCAACCAAAAUAAAUGGCUCUUCUUCUUCUUCUUCUUCUUCUUCUUCUUCUUCCCAACAAAUCCUUAAGCCUCGCCAUCUUGUUCCUCCUCCAUGUUCUUGUUCACCAUGUCAACGCCGGAAUCCUGAGUUUCUCUCCAAUCACAGCCAACUGCACCGGCGGUAACUACACAGACAACAGCAUCUUCUCCACCAACCUCAACUCCCUUCUCUCCACCUUCAAUUCCAAGUCCUCAUCCUCCAACUCUACAUAUCAAAUCUCAGGCACUGUCUAUGGCCUCUUCUUCUGCACUGGUGACCUCUCACAAGACAACUGCCAGGCCUGCAUCCAAUCAGCCAUUAAAAACAUCUCUGAGAAGUGCCCAAGCUCAAAACAAGCCAUCAUAUGGUAUGACUACUGCGAACUACGUUACUCUGACACCAACUUCUUUGGACUCCCAGACACCAAUGGUUUCUCCAUGAUCAAUCCCUUUGAGAACACCAGUUCAUCAGAGCCAAUGGAGGUGAUGUCCCAGUUGGUCAAAGAGGCCCCAUCCCAAGUACCCGUUAUGUUCUCUUACAGAGCAUUGCCCCCUGAACGCUUGUAUGCUCUGGCACAGUGUUCACCAGACUUAACCGCAGAAGGAUGCAGUCGUUGCUUGACUACUAUCUUGGCAAACAUCAAAGCUUGUUGUACAAUGAGGAAGGGAUGGAGAUAUCUGGCUACUAGCUGUUGGAUACGGUAUGAAGCUACUCCUUUCCUUCAGAACCUUCAGGGAGUUUAUAUAGAGGUCACUCAGAGCUCUUGCCCUUACCAAGACACCCUUCCUAAUGACCUGAUUCUCAACAACAUUCUCUCUGAUUUGAUGACAAACACUCCGUUGAAGGGCGGGUUCUAUAACAUUAGUGAAGGGGAGACGAUGAACAAGCUCUAUGGCUUAGCACUAUGCCGAGGAGAUCUAGCUCCACAAGGGGAUUCUUGCGAGACCUGUCUACAGAAUGCAAGAAACAGCAUUCUAGAAGAUUGCACAAACAAGACACAAGCCAUUGAAUGGUAUGAGAGCUGUUUUAUUAAGUACUCCAACCAGAGUUUUUUUGGGGUUGUGGAUACUGAUGGAAGGACAAUGUGUGGAACUGAACAAAGUAACCAGAUUGCUGCCAAUAUCACCACCGGAAUGGUACAGGGACUCAUUCUUGAUGCAGUUAAUAGUCCAACAUUUUUAGGAGUCGGAAAGAUUGCGAUCAAUAGUUCUCUGGAGAGCUAUGCGCUUGUGCAGUGCACAAGAGACCUCAGCAGAGAGGGUUGUGGGGAUUGCUUGCAGAGAGGGAUGAAUAUUUCUUUGCAAAACUGUGCAUUGACUCAAGGAUGGCGAUAUCUCUCUGGUAGCUGCACCUUGAGGUAUGAGGCCUUUCCCUUUUUUGACACCUCAGUGAUACCAGAGGGUACUCCUACACAAGAAUUUGGUGUAAGGAAGAAGUCAUCCAAUGUUAGUGUUCUGGUUAUUGUCAUGCCAAUUGUGGGAUUCAUUCUCUUGGCUACUUGCCUCUCUUGUCUGUGUUGUAGAUUGAGGCGGAAACAUGCAAGCAAAAGAGCUCAGUUUGAUAAAUACAUGCCUCUGAGUAGUAUACAAACAGCUACAAAUAAUUUUGCCGAUCAAAAUAAGCUUGGUGAAGGUGGAUUUGGCCCUGUUUAUAAGGGUGUGCUGCAGAAUGGAACAGAGAUCGCUGUUAAGAGACUUUCAACAGCAUCCAAGCAAGGUGCCACUGAAUUUGAGAAUGAGGUCAAGUUAAUUGCGAAACUCCAGCACAGAAAUCUUGUGAGAAUGCUUGGUUGGUGUGUUGAGAAAGAAGAGAAGCUACUUGUCUAUGAAUACCUACCAAAGAAGGGUCUUGAUGCUCUUCUAUUUGAUUCUGAAAAGCGGGUGCAAUUGGAUUGGAAUCAACGGCUUCAGAUCAUCGGAGGAAUUGCUAGAGGCCUUGUCUAUCUCCAUGAAGACUCACUGCUCAAAGUCAUUCACAGGGACCUCAAAGCCAGUAAUGUUUUAUUAGACAACAAACUGACACCCAAGAUAUCAGAUUUUGGGAUGGCCAAGAUAUAUGGAGGAGAUGAAAUUGAAGCCAAUUCAAGCAGAGUUGUUGGAACAUAUGGUUACAUGGCCCCAGAAUAUGCAAUGGCAGGGCUAUUCUCUGUGAAGUCUGAUGUUUUUAGCUUUGGAGUCCUCUUAUUAGAAGUACUAACUGCACAAAGGAAUGGAAGAGCACACUUCGAAGAAUAUGGCCAAACUCUUAUAAGACAUAUGUGGCAUUUGUGGACUGAAAACAAAGCACUGGAGUUGGUGGAUCCUUUGCUUGAAGGUUCAUAUUCAACUGAUGAAGCAAUCAAGUUGAUCAAAAUAGGAUUGUUGUGUGUCCAAGAGAAUGUGGAAGAGAGGCCAACAAUGUCUGUGGUUAUUCAUAUGCUGAGGAGCAGUGACCACACUGUGUUCCCAACACCCACUCAGCCUCCUUCAUUCAUAACUCGGCCAAGAAACAUUCAGCUUCUUGCAUCUUCAUCAAGCUCGCAGUCACAAGCAACCAUUGUUCCCUCCGUCAAUGAUGUUACCAAUUCAGAUCUUCUGCCAAGAUAGACUACUAUAGCUAAAAUUCUUCCUUUGCUGCGUUGAAUUUUAAGUUGGUUGCCCCUGCUUGCUUAUGUUUUUCUAGUGGUAUAUUGUAUAUUAUCUAUUAUCUUGUAUAUCAGAAAUUAGGUAAGCAGUGGCUUGGUAAAUCUACAUGAAAAUAUACUCAGUUGAAGUGAAAUUACAUGUUGCGUUA